GUUUAUUUCCGGUGUUCUGUUGUUAUGGAAGUGGCAUAAGGACGUCUUACUCAGGAACACUGAUGCAACUAGUAUUUAAAGCGCGGUUGUUGUUCUAAAAAAAACUAUCAAGAUGUUUUCAUUGUCAGCGACUGUUCAACCUCAGGUGACUGUUCCACUAAGUCACCUCAUCAACGUUCUCCAUUCCCUGAAGAAUUCUGUUGGAGGGAGCAGCAAUGCUUCUGUCAAAGCCAAAAAAGAACGUGACGGAGAACCCCAGCCCCAAGAGCACAUGCUAAACCUGCGAGAGUUUGGCUUGUCUGACUUGGGGGUCGAGCAGCUGGAUGAGCUGGUGAGCAGUGUGUUGCCAGGUCUGAAAUCCCAGGAAACAUGUAGUCGACCUGUGGAUUCUACUUGCUGGAGAACUUCACAUUGUUCUUCAUAUUCCUUUUAUGAAAACAAGAAUGGUUUUUCACUGAAUCAUGUGACCAGUCCGUUUCUUCCCAGGAAGCGCCUCUCUGCACUUCAAAUGGUUUGCCAGGAUUUACAGCAGCAUUCAGUGUGGGUCCAGAGACGUGGCUUUAAAACUUUAAGGACCAAAACCAGACGACUGCAGUCAGAUUUUGUUCGAACGAUUGAGCCUGAACCCUUCACACCCACCUUCAUGAAGGGGUUUUUGAAUCGUGAGAAAAUGAUUGACGUGGAUAGCCUCGAGAGCCUGACCAAAAGCAAGAACAUACCGGACGGACAUCAGGAUGCUUUUAAGAGGGGCUUCGCCGAGGGUUUCUUGAAAGCGCAAGUCCUAACACAACGUACUCAAGACUCUCUACGAAGGACUCGGCUCAUCCUGUUGGUUCUACUGAUAGCUGGAAUUUACGGUCUGUCAAAGACCCCCUUCAUGUCGGUGCGGUUCCGAACCACAACAGGCCUGGACUCAGGAGUGGAUCCCGUGCAAAUGAAAAAUGUGACAUUUGAACACGUCAAAGGCGUUGAAGAAGCCAAGAAUGAGCUGCAGGAAGUGGUCGAGUUCUUAAAAAACCCGCAGAAGUUUACCGUUCUUGGAGGAAAACUGCCCAAAGGCGUGUUGCUGGUCGGCCCUCCUGGGACUGGCAAGACCCUUCUGGCCAGAGCUGUGGCCGGAGAAGCAGACGUGCCCUUCUACUACGCCUCUGGGUCCGAGUUUGAUGAGAUGUUUGUUGGAGUGGGAGCCAGUCGCAUCAGAAACCUUUUCAGGGAAGCCAAGGCUAAUGCACCUUGUGUGAUCUUUAUCGAUGAGCUGGACAGUGUAGGUGGGAAAAGAAUCGAGUCUCCGAUGCACCCGUACUCCAGACAGACCAUCAAUCAACUUCUUGCUGAGAUGGAUGGUUUUAAAACAAAUGAAGGUGUGAUCAUCAUUGGAGCGACCAACUUCCCUGAGGCUUUAGAUAAUGCUUUGGUCCGCCCAGGGCGCUUCGACAUGCAGGUCACUGUGCCCAAGCCAGAUGUGAAAGGACGCACAGAAAUCCUCAACUGGUACCUGAAGAAGAUCAAAGUAGAUCCAGCUAUUGAGGCCAAAAUUAUUGCUCGGGGCACUGUGGGCUUCUCUGGCGCUGACCUGGAAAAUCUGGUAAACCAGGCCGCCCUGAAGGCAGCAGUCGACGGGAAGGACAUGGUCUCCAUGAAGGAGCUGGAGUUUGCCAAAGACAAGAUUCUCAUGGGUCCUGAGAGAAGGAGUGCAGAAAUAGACAAGAAGAACAGGCAGAUCACGGCGUAUCACGAGUCAGGCCACGCAAUCGUCGCCUUCUACACCAAAGACGCCAUGCCUAUCAACAAAGCCACCAUCAUGCCCCGGGGGCCCAGUCUGGGACAUGUUUCAAUGCUUCCAGAGAACGACCGCUGGAGUGAGACUCGCUCGCAGCUGCUGGCGCAGAUGGACGUCAGCAUGGGUGGCCGUGUUGCAGAGGAGAUGAUAUUUGGCCAUGAGAACAUCACUACAGGUGCUUCAAGUGACUUUGACAGUGCAACGAAAAUUGCUAAAAUGAUGGUCACACGAUUUGGAAUGUGUGAAAAGUUGGGGGUGAUGACUUACAAAGACAUGACAGCGCAAAGUCCAGAGACACAGGCUGCUGUGGAAAAUGAAGUCAGAGUUUUAUUGAAGGAGUCGUACGACCGUGCUAAAACCCUGCUGAAGUCUCAUGCUAAAGAGCACAAGAACCUCGCAGAUGCUCUGCUCAUGUACGAGACUCUGGAUGCCAAAGAGAUCCAAAUGGUCCUGGAGGGCAAGACCUUGGAUUCCAGAUGAUAUAAACGUCAUGUAAGAAAAUUCUGAAAAGCCUGGUUGAUGGAAAAGCUGCUGCUGUGGGAUGAUUUUAUGAUUUCAUGCUGUCCACGACAUUAUCUCCUUCUGAAAAUGAUUUUGCCGUGGUAGAUUUAGUCUCCACUCAAUUUACCCAUUUAUUUGUGACGGCAUAUUUUUGUUUUAUAAAAUGGAAUGUAUCAUUAGGUAAAGGAAUCUCUCCAUUACACACGGCUUCUCGUAAAAUGGCUGGAAUCAAAAUGUAAGCUGUUUCUGGUCCGUACAUCCUGGGAUUAAUAGCAAUGAGACACAAUAAUCCAACUUUACUGGAGGAUCAUGCUUGGAGUACAUGGUUUUAAAUCCACUGGUUAUUAGGUGUUGGUGUAAUAGCCUGAUCAAAUAUCUGACAUGUCGUCAAGCCGUGCUACUAUCAUCCGGUAAAGUUAAUUUUAUCCAUGCUGAAUUGUAAAUAUGAAGGAUGAGAUGGCAACACAGUGUAUAUAGAUGUAUAGAAAAGCCUUGUGCACAUGGAAUGGCUUGUUACAUUUGAUUGUCAUUCGCUGGCAACAUAAAGGAACAUAUGUGCGCAGAUGAAAUAAAUAAAUAUAAACCUG